UUAUUCAGGUAAAUAAGGACUACUUAUAAAUACAGGAAAAAGGGCCCUUAACAGAUAACACUUUUGCUGGGCUGACGACAGUGCACAGACAGUCAGGUGCACAGGGAGAAAAGUAACUGUAAUGUAACUGGUUUAUGUUCUGGCAGCUGUUUUAAAUACCUGUGCAGCAUAUGGAGUGAGGGGGGACAGUUUAACAGAUUAGUGUGUCGUUGCUGUACUGCAUGUGGAAGAGCAAUUAAAGUCACAGAAUACAGAAGGACAGGAUUGUGUCAAUACACUACUCUUUCAAACAGGACUGAGUUUAAAACCGCAGAGUGAAGUGCACUGAAUCCACACUAGCAAGAAAAGUGAAGUACUUCCUACCUGUACACCUGAGCAGUGUUCCAUCACAGAAGGGGAGAAAGCCACCCUCAGCAGCUUGAGAAUAUAGAUACCAAACUGGAUUGGACAAGUCAGUAAGAAUUCAGAACAGGUGCACCUGUGCAGAUUCUGGAAUAUAUUUCCCCCUCCUUCUGGACUGAUGGGCAGCACAACACAAGGACUGACUCCCCUAACACAGAGUCCAAUCCUUCUACCUACAAGCAUACUGACCAGUCUAGAGAAGCCUGACCAGGACAUCAAAACUCACAGCUGGACUAAUAUUGAGAAUCCAAGCCCACCCAGCACACCCGAGCGGACUUUGCCCACUUUUUACCUUUCCUGCUUUGACAUGCUAUUUUCUGAGGAAGCAAACUGGCUAACUAAAGGGCUAGUGGAGUGUCCAGACAAUGGCCAUGCAGUAAGGUCAGAUUUGCCAAAAGAGCCAGAACAAUGUCCAAUCAUUGACAGCCAAGGCCUGGGCCUGAGUUCACAGAUGGAGUAUCAAAGCAACUUACACAUAGAGGACAGAUCACUGGAGCAGAUGCAAACCAUGGUGGUUGGUGAGGUACUAAAGGACAUUGAAACAGCUUGCAAACUGCUAAAUAUUGCAGCAGAUCCAAUGGAGUGGAGUAUUGGAAAUGUACAGAAGUGGAUUCUUUGGACAGAACAUCAGUACAGGUUACCACAAAUUGGAAAAUCUUUUCAGGAACUCAGUGGGAAGGAUCUCUGUGCAAUGUCUGAGGACGAAUUCCGACAGAGGUCACCAGUCUGUGGGGAUAUCCUUUAUGCACAUCUAGACAUAUGGAAAUCAGCUGCCUGGAUGAAAGAGAAGACAUCACCUGGAGACAUAAGAUACAUUGGUGCAGAAGAAGCAUGGGCAGACAGCGAGGCUGACUCUUCAUGUUCAGGCCAGCCAAUUCACCUUUGGCAGUUUCUAAAAGAACUCCUGUUGAAGCCACACAACUAUGGAAGGUUUAUCCGCUGGCUUAACAAAGAAAAAGGUAUAUUUAAGAUUGAGGACUCUGCACAAGUUGCCCGAUUGUGGGGAAUCCGUAAGAAUCGUCCAGCCAUGAACUAUGACAAACUCAGCCGCUCCAUUCGUCAGUACUACAAAAAAGGGAUCAUCCGGAAACCAGACAUCUCACAGCGGUUGGUCUAUCAGUUUGUGCAUCCCGUGUGAAGUCCUGCCACCUGCAGAUAACUGACAGUGCCGACCCACAUUUGAAAGAGACUUGUACAUUAGACUUUUUCCUGCAACUUGUUAUCCCUUCAUCAACUACCCCAGGAUUAAAGUCUAGGGGGGGUUGUUGAAAGACUGCACUAUGAAGAAGAAACUUUUUUAUAUAUAAAUUUAUCUACAUAAAACAAAAAAACUUUUAUAAAACAACUGCCUGCUAAUAGCUUACUCUGCCUGUUUUUUUGUUUUCUUUUUUUAACCUAAAAGCAAAAUUCUAUUUAACUUUGGGUGUAAAAAUGUUCUGUGAUGGGUACAGGUAGUAUUUUGAAGGGGUGAGUCACUUGCAACAGGCUUGACUAAAGCAAAGCUAUCAAAACCCAUCAUAUUAUGAUUAAAAAAUUAUUAUGAACAAAACAAAA